AUGGCUGGUCACGUACCUAAGGAUGCGCUUACCAUUAAAGAUGUUACUCAAGCUGAAUUAAAGUUGUCACAAGUGGAAAAAAUCAAAUUGAUCAAUGAUGAAAUUAAAGCAUUACAAGAUUAUUGUAAUAACUUAGGACUAUCGAAGAACGACUUAAGUUCAAGUGCGAAACCCCUUCAAGAUUUGUUAUGGAGUCAGAAAAUGAAGGGGCGUUUUCGAUUCCUGGUUUAUCUCGCUAUCAUAGUUGCUAUUUGUAGUAUUGCCUACAAGCAACCACAUAUUCAGAAAUCUUGUCAUUUCUGGGCUCGUAAAGCUCAAAUAUCGAUUCUAAGCUAUUGGGACUGGACAAAGCUGUAUGAUAACGACUGCCUUGUAGCCAAUCCAAGCUUUGUUAACGAAGGAGAUGCGAUAACGGAAGCGGACUGUGCAGUAUGCAAAAAGUACUCGGUGAAAAAAGUCCGUAAUAUCACUACCAAAUCAUUAAACAAGUACUUUUUAACCAAAGACAGACCGGUUGUCGUAGUUGAUGUCACCAAGGAUUGGCCAGCAAAUGAAAAAUUCUCCGUUCAGUUUAUCCGCGAGCUUUAUAACAACAACUCUGCCUUGAAAGAUGUCAAACCAUGUUCCUUUCGAAGUUCAGAUGAAAGCAUUAAAUCGCUAGACGAUGUAUGGGUUGCAAUAGACCAAAAUGAAUACGCCGACGCUGUCUGGGAGAACUGUGAGGGACCACCAACAAAAGCUCUUCGAGCUUUCCAUAGCCGCAUUGAAAUUUUGCCUAUGUCGUGCGAAGGCUCCUCUACGAAUUGGGUACUUGUAUCCAAGGGCAAGAAUCAAGAUCAACCAAUACUAUUCGAUGAAUUUAGAACGACGGGCAUCUUAUUUACGCAGAUCACUGGUAAAGGUGAAAUAGAAUUAGAACCACAUGAAGCAUGUGGUAAGAUAUGCAAAAAACAGAAAGUAACUUUAAAUCCUGGCCAAACCGCCCCCUACAUACUACCGCAAACUAAAGGAGUCAUUUGUUGUCGUUUUAGUUAUCUUUACCGAGAAGCUUUGGCUACUUUCAUAUCGACCGCUUUCCGACACGGAAACCACUGGCAUCUUAACGACAUAUCAUCAGAAUGUUUUCUAUAA